UGCCUGUUUUGAUAAUAAGCACUGGGGCAGUAGCUAAUCAUAUAAAGCGGGUUUAACGUUGCCUCUGGGUAUAUUUAUUGUUUAAAAAUAGUCUUUAUUAUUUUUUUAAGUCAUGACAGAAAUAUUUUCAACUCUUUUUGGCCAAAGCGACGCUCAGGCACCUCCGAGUUCCGCGUCUCUGGGUUUUGGACCGGGAAAACCGCCGCCUCCGCUCCCGCAGAGUGCAGCCCCAGUGCCGGGUCAGCUCUCAGGACAGCUCGGGGAUGAAGGGCCUACAGCCCGGAAACAAGGAGUUAUCAAUGAACCGUUCUAUUUGCUGCGAGAACUGCCUGUUGGGAACGAUUUAACUGGAAACACAAACCUGAUCACACACUACAAUCUGGAACAUGCCUACAAUAAGUUCUGUGGGAAGAAGGUGAAGGAGAAACUCAGUAACUUCUUGCCGGAAUUACCAGGCAUGAUCGACAGUCCGGGAGUUCAGGAUGGCAGUUCGUUGCGCUCCCUCAUAGAGAAACCUCCAGUUUGUGGAAACUCAUUCAGCCCACUAACUGGAGCACUGUUGACUGGUUUCAGACUACACACUGGACCGCUCCCAGAGCAGUACAGACUGAUGCACAUUCAGCCUCCGAAGAAGAAAAGCAAACACAAACACAGACAUCAUCGACCUCAGGAUCCCAUACCACCAGAAACGCCGUCAGACUCUGACCCCAAGAAGAAGAAGAAAAAGCGAGAUGAUGAUCCUGAGCGCAAAAAGAAAAAGAAGGACAAGAAGAAGAAAAAGAAUCGCCACAGUCCUGAUCAUCCUGGUAUCACUGGCUCUCAACCCAACAGCAAUAGUCUAAGAUAGAGACACUGUAUUUUGUGUGUGUGUGUGUGUGUGUGUGAGAGAGAGAAUGAAUGAAUGUGUGAACAUGUGCUGUUUUGUAGCUGAUGUUGACAUGAAUACUGAUUACAGAUCAGUUCUAUUGCCAGUAUUUUAUUAUUUUUUUGCUUCAUCGUUUGAUGACUUUCAUAAAUUUUUUGCUACUCUA